CUUCCCCCGGCCGCUGGCUCUCUCUGCUCGCAGCGCUGCAGAGGCUCCGAAGCGGCGGCAGCGGCUGUGACUGCCUCCUUCCCUCCCUCUUCCUCCAUCUGUCCGUCCGUGCAUCUGUCCGUUCGGCCUCGGUCCGGCCCGCAGCAUGGCCGGCGUCAGCUUCAGCGGCCACCGCCUGGAGCUGCUGGCGGCGUACGAGGAGGUGAUCCGGGAGGAGAGCGCAGCCGACUGGGCUCUGUACACAUAUGAGGAUGGCUCAGAUGACCUCAAGCUUGCAGCAUCAGGAGAUGGGGGCUUGCAGGAGCUCUCGGGCCACUUUGAAAACCAGAAGGUGAUGUACGGCUUCUGCAGCGUCAAGGACUCCCAGGCUGCUCUGCCAAAAUACGUGCUCAUCAACUGGGUUGGUGAAGAUGUGCCUGAUGCCCGAAAAUGUGCUUGUGCCAGCCAUGUGGCUAAGGUGGCUGAAUUCUUCCAGGGUGUCGAUGUGAUUGUGAAUGCCAGCAGCGUAGAAGAUAUAGACGCGGGUGCCAUUGGGCAGCGGCUUUCCAACGGGCUGGCGCGGCUCUCCAGCCCUGUGCUGCACCGACUGCGGCUGCGUGAGGAUGAGAAUGCUGAGCCAGUGGGCACCACCUAUCAGAAAACUGAUGCAGCUGUGGAAAUGAAGCGGAUUAACCGUGAGCAGUUCUGGGAGCAGGCUAAGAAGGAGGAAGAGUUGAGGAAGGAGGAAGAGCGGAAGAAGGCCCUGGAUGAGAGACUCAGGUUUGAGCAAGAGCGGAUGGAGCAGGAGCGGCAAGAGCAGGAAGAGCGGGAACGGCGCUACAGAGAGAGAGAACAGCAAAUCGAGGAGCACAGGAGGAAACAGCAGACUUUAGAAGCUGAGGAGGCCAAGAGGCGGUUGAAGGAGCAGUCUAUCUUUGGUGACCAGCGGGAUGAAGAGGAAGAGACCCAGAUGAAGAAGUCAGAAUCGGAGGUGGAGGAGGCAGCGGCCAUUAUUGCCCAGCGGCCAGACAACCCACGGGAGUUCUUCAAGCAGCAGGAACGAGUUGCAUCAGCCUCUGUGGGCAGCUGCGAUGUGCCCUCGCCUUUCAACCACCGACCAGGUCGUCCGUACUGCCCUUUCAUAAAGGCAUCGGACAGUGGGCCUUCCUCCUCCUCCUCUUCCUCCUCCUCCCCUCCACGGACUCCCUUUCCCUAUAUCACCUGUCACCGCACCCCAAACCUCUCUUCCUCCCUCCCAUGCAGCCACCUGGAUAGCCACCGGAGGAUGGCACCCACCCCUAUCCCUACCCGGAGCCCUUCUGACUCCAGCACAGCCUCCACCCCUCUCUCUGAGCAGAUUGAGCGGGCCCUGGAUGAGGUCACGUCCUCACAGCCUCCACCACUGCCACCACCACCCCCACAAACCCAAGAGACCCAGGAGCCUGGCCAUGGCUUGGAUAGUGAAGGGACCAGCAAGGAGGCCAUAGCCACAGCCCCUCGGGCCUGGGUUGGCCCCGUGGAGGAGCCCCUUCAGGCACCAGAGCCUCCCCAGGGGAAAGGCAGCCCCACAGAGGACUUUAUGUUCAUGGUGGCUCCUGAGCAUGCUGUCCUGGCUGCCCCUCUGGAGCCUGCUGGAGCCGACACCACUGCAUCCGACACCCUGGCAGCUGCUGCCAUUGAAACCAACAUUGCUGCUGCUGACACUGCUGUUGCCAACACCGUCACCCCUGCCACUGCCAGCCUCAUUGACCUAUGGCCUGGCAAUGGGGAUGGUGCCUCCCCAUCCCAGGCUGAGCCCAGAGCCCCCAAAGCACCCUCAGGUGCUGACGUCACUCUGGUGGAGGUGCCCCUACUGGAUGAGGGGGCUCAGGAGCCACUGCCACCAGCAGGUGAAGUCUGUGCCAGUCUCCUCAAUUUUGAUGAGCUGCCUGAGCCACCAGCCACCUUCUGUGACCCUGAGGAGGAAGUAAAAAGGGAGCCCCUGGUUGCCCCACACCAGGGGGCAACUCCGCCCUCUGCUCUAGAGGAGCUGGAUCAAGAGCCUGAGCAGGAGCCCAAGCAGGAGCCAGAGCUGGAGCCAGAGCUGGAGCCAGAGCCUGAGCCCCACCAGCUGACCAAUGGCGAGACCACCCAGAAGGAGGGGACUCAGGCUAGUGAGGGGUACUUCAGCCAAUCACAGGAGGAGGAGUUCGCCCAAUCAGAAGAUCUGUGUGCAAAAGCUCCGCCUCCUGUAUUGUACGCUAAGCCUCCAGAAAUCGACAUCACCUGCUGGGAUGCAGACCCAGUCCCGGAAGAGGAGGGCUUCGAGGGUGGCAAUUAGUAGUGGCGCCUGCCCUCAGGCUGCCCUUGCCAAGGUCACCCACCUGUGCCGGCCUCUGGCCAGAUGGCCCGCCGCGCCUGUACUCCAAGCAGCUCCGCCUGGCACCCACUCCGGAUUCCGGCCCUGGCCGGGGACUUGGACGCUUCCUUACCCACAGGGCCUGACUUUUACAGCUUUUCUUUCUUUUUUUUUUUUAAAAAAAAAAGUUGAUAGGAGACUUGUACAGUUGACUGGUUUUCCUCCCGUUGGUAGUUGAGACGCUGUUGCAAAUUCCACCCCCUCCCCGCCCCGUCCAGAUUGUAGCGCUUAGUCCUCCCUGCUUAGUCCUCCCUGCUCACUCAGCUGGCCAGGGUGGAGGCCUCACCCUGUUGGGGCCUGGUGA